AUGCUCGUGGUCGUCCAUGUGGCCGAGGCCAAGGACCUCGAGAGUAACAAGAUGUUCCGCCACGUCAACCAUGCCUACGUCAACCUCUACUACGCUCGCAAAAAGAUCACGUCCGACGUCGCGCACAAGCAGAAGAACGCGCCACGCUGGGGCCUCAAGAAGCGCUUCGCCAACAUCAACCCGGCGCGCGACAGCACGAUUCGCAUCGACGUCUUUGACCAAGGCCAGUGGGGCCGCAGCGAGAUGUUCAUCGGCUAUUGCGAGGUCGCCGUGCCCGUGCGACCAAAGCGCGUCGACUUCUGGGUGCCCAUCAAGGUAGAAGACGCCACCACGGGCAGCGUUCUUGUGCACAUUGACUGCAUCGCCGAGCCGAGCGAGAUCCUGCCUCGUUCGCAAAGGGAUCUGGACUACGCAAUGCCGCCGCGGCAAGUGGCCCCGUACCUGCUCCCGAUGCCGCCGCCGCAAGUGGCCCCAUACCAGCUCCCGAUGCGCCGCAUGGGCUCUCUCAGUGACUCGUUCCUGCAGCUCGCGGCAGCCCUCCCCGAGACAGUGCCACGCAUCGAGCCGACCGAGCUAUGCACGUGCGACCACCUCGGGAGCGGCGCCUUCGGCAACGUGCACAGUGGCAGCUACAAGGACUUGACGGUGGCCGUCAAGACCUUCCACAUCAAGUGUGGUGACGAAAUUGAGACGUUCAAGAAGGAAGUCAACGUCAUGGCCGGCCUCGACUCGACGCACACCGUCCAGCUCCUCGGUAUCUCGCACGCCGCAAACGACCAGCCGCAGAUCGUCAUGGAGUUCAUGGACGGCGGCAACCUCGACAUGCACAUCAAGUCGCUGGCAGCUGCGCGAGAGCACAACGUGAGCAAGGUGCUGCAUCUCGCUUGCGGUAUUGUCAAAGGGCUCGCGUACCUACAUGCCAACAAGAUCAUCCACCGCGACCUCAAGCCGGCCAACGUCCUGCUUAGCGCCGACAAGACGGUCGUCAAGCUCGGUGACUUUGGCAUCUCGCGCGAAGAAGACGUGAAGGAAUCGAUGACCAACGGCGUCGGCACGACGCUGUGGAUGUCGCCCGAGGUCAUGCAAGGCGGCAGGUACUCGGUCGCAGCCGACAUGUACGCCUUCGGCGUCAUUCUCACGGAGCUCGAGACGCUGCGAACGCCCUAUGCAGGCCUAAAUCUCAGAAAGUACGCGCUCCAAGACAAGAUCGCCAAGGAGGGGCUUCGGCCGACGACGAGCGCCACGUGCCCGCCAUGGUACGCGAGGCUGGCGCAGGAUUGCAUGCAAGCAAACCCAGACAAACGUCCAUCGGCCGUCGACGUCGUCGGCAUCCUCGAGGCCCACAUGUCGUCACCACCCUGCUUUCAACUGAUUCCCGAGGCGUUGCUCCGCGACAUAGUGCCGUUCACGUCCAGCAAGAGCAGCGUUCUUGGCCGUGCGACGCUCGCAUGUCGUCCCGUCGUCCUCAAGACGUUUCCAUCGAUGAAUCCCGACGUCUUUGAAGACACGGUGGAUGUGAUGAGGGCCGUUGCGUCGCCACACACGGUGCCUCUGCUCGGCACGACGUCCCUCUCCAGCACAGCCAUCAUGGGUCUCGCAUCGCCUUGCGUGCUCGUCCUCGCCUACAUGCCUGGCGGCAACCUCCACAAAUGGCUCACGCAGCGCUCCAACGUCGACUUCCUUGACACGGCGCGGACUAUCACCGAGGCGCUAGCCUACCUCCAUGCGAAGAAGGUGGUGCACGGCAACCUUACGCCCUCCAACGUUCUCUUUGAUGCGGUCGGCCAGCCCAAGCUCACUGACUUUGGCUACGAGCGCGACGAAGACAUGAUGACGACCAACGGCGGCAACGCGACGCACUGGAUGGCGCCCGAGAUCUUCCACGGCAGUUUGCCCUCGUCCGCGUCGGAUGUCUACUCGCUCGGUGUUAUCUUGACGCAGCUCGAGACGGGCCGCGAGCCGUACUGGGACUUCAUAGGCAAUCUGCAGCGCCGCGUCGUUCAGAUCGUGACGGGCGCGCUGCGGCCGUCGCUGAGUGCGUUGUGCCCUCCCUGGUAUCGCAAGCUGGCGCAGGCGUGCAUGGCCGGUGAUGCGAUGCAUCGGCCGUCCGCUGCCGAGAUAGUCAGCGAGCUCGUCAAGCAUACUGCGAAGCCCUAGUUUUUAUAUAUAUUAAAUUGUGAUCAUC